AUGAUUUACAUUACAAAGAUUGAUAGUCAACAUAAUUAUAAACUCAUAGAGAAUAUUAAUAUGGUUGCUUCUUACUAUUAUAAACUUUCUCCAAAAAUGUGUGAUGAAGUUAGGCUUUUUAUAGCCUCUAGAGUUCGUGGUGGUACUAUUAUUGAGGUUUUGCAGUGCAAGAAUCCAGAAAAAUAUAUUUAUGCUUGUAAUAUUUAUAAUAUAGUUCAAGUAAUUAGAUGUGAGAAAAGUAUUAGUAGUGAUGCUAGUUUAUUGUAUCUUGAACUAGUAAAACAAAAGCAGGAAAAUCCAACUUACUAUAUAGAUGCACUGUUUGAAAACAAAGAUAAUCACCUUAUAGCUCUUUGUUGGAUAAGGCCAAAUCAACUUGAAGCUAUUGCUUUAAUUUCUGAUGAGACUAAAAAUAUAUUUACUUGGUUAUUUGAAAGUCUUAAAAGAGUAACAG